AUGGCUACGCAGAUGGACCAGCUCCCGCAGGUGCCGCCCCCGGGCACGAGCCCGCGCUCCAGCAGCUCCUGGAGCCGCUGCGACCAGGCCGUGGCGCGCGUGGCUCCCAUCGCCACCACCACGUGCCAGGUCUGCUCCAAGUGCAUCGCCAAGGGCGAGUGGCAGCUCGGGCUCAUGUUUAUCCACGUCGAGGGCUUCAUGCUCAUGGAGUGGUACCACCUGCAGUGCUCCAAGUCGCUGCAGGGCAGCGGCCUCUCGGACGUCCUCCAGACCGUGCAGAGCGAGAUGACGCCGGCGCAGAAGGAAGAGUUCCAGGCCGCGUGCCAGAAGGCGGCCGCCUCGUGA